GGAAAACCAAUCUGUUCACCCGCUCGCACCCAUCAUCAUCGUUUCAUCGAAGGAAAUCAAAGUCUCCAAAUGAUGAUGACAACCCGAGGUAGGUCGAUUACCUUAUUGGAACAAUAGGUAUGCAUUGUUGUCUAGAACAACACCGCUCUUCUGAGUUGCAAGGCUACAGCCAACUUAGCCUGGUAUCAACUUGCCACGUCAUCUCACAAUGAGCACCCAGGAGAGUCACCUCGCCGGGCAUGCAGCCCCGGUCUUUACCAUCGACCUGUCCCAAAAGCCUCGCGAUCGGUAUAAAGCUCUUGCAACGGCAUACAGGCACAAGGUCCAUGGCCUGGUCGGACUUUUCAACAAUCUUCUUGGAGAUAUUGGUAUUCCCGUAAAAUACCAUAGCUCCAUCAAUCUCAUUGCAAGGCUGCUUCUCAGGCGUGUCCAUUCCUCCGUUGAGACAGCGGAGCUUCGUGGUGUGGCAGACGUCACCGAUGUAUCUAUAUAUCUAUUGGUGGCCUUCAACGUUAUCUUGGAUUUGUUGAUGGGCUGCACAUCUGGUGCUGUCAAAACACUCGAACCCGGUCACUCAACUACUUCGCCCACAAUGCUGCACUUUCGCAACCUGGAUUGGACUAUGGAUCCUCUCCGGUCUGUUGUUGUCCAGCUGAAUUUUGUACGGACAAAGUCAGCUGACCCAACCCAUGUCCUGGCUCGUAGUCUGACAUACGUUGGCUACGUUGGCAUGUUGACAGCUGUGCGCCCACACCUGAGCAUGUCUCUCAACUUUCGUGCACUGCACAAUGCCACCACCAGAACAGACCAUUUCAAGUUUUAUUUCAACCAUCUGCUCGUUCUCUUGGGCCUUCGUCAGUCAAUGUCGAGCAUUCUCAGAUCCUACAUGAUCUCCGAAGACCGAAGAGAGCUCCAGGUUAAAAGCCUCGCAACAAUAGCAGAACAACUACCCCAUCGCCGUACCACCGCAGCAUAUCUGAUAUUCAGCGACGGUGGAUCGACUAUUGUACUGGAGAAGGACUACAAAUCCGCUCGAGUACGGCAAUCAAAUAACUUUAUCGCCGCGACAAACCACGAUGUGGAGGACCAUGGCUCCAAAGUAGUGGGAUUCACUCCGGCAUCAUCAGCAGCCAAUGAUGCCAAAUCUCGAUUCGCCGGUGGGAUGGGAGAAUUGCUUGAAGACAGUGAGGAGAGGCUGGAGUGCAUGUCAUCCAAGUGGACUUCUCAUGUGCGAAAGACCAAUCGACUGCGAAAAACCGCCAGUAGGAGCAGUCUUUCCCAAGCAGAAGCACGCACGGCAUCCACGUUUGCUCAAGUUGUCGACUGGCUUAGUGCCUAUCCAACCACCAACGAAGAAACUCAUUUUGGGGUCAUCAUGGACCCUAGCACGGGUGAGAUGUUGUGGACCAGAGUCUACCCUGACCCAGAGGGUCUUGCGUGA